AUGAGUCUUCCCGAAGGAUGGAUUUCAAAAGUUAGCAGCAGUACUGGUAAAACAUACUAUGUGAACACCAUAACACAAGAAUCUCAGUGGGAUUUACCGCAACAUCCCGCAUCUUCUAGUUCAGGCAAAGUACGUUGUUUACACUUGCUCGUGAAACAUUCGGGCUCUCGACGGCCGUCAUCCUGGAAGGAGGCAAAUAUUACCCGAUCAAAAGAAGAGGCGCUGGAGAUAAUAAAGCGACACAAACAACGCAUCGAAGCUGGUGAGAUCGAAUUCGCUGACCUGGCCAGCACGGAGAGCGAUUGCGGCUCGGCCCAGAACGGUGGUGAUUUGGGUUUUUUCAGUCGAGGCCAGAUGCAGAAACCGUUCGAGGAUGCGGCUUUCCAGUUGGAAGUGGGUGAAAUGUGCGGCCCGGUGUUCACCGAUUCAGGCAUUCAUUUGAUCAAACGAAUUGCUUGA